GAGCGCCUGGGCCCGAGGGGAACGAUGCUGUGGUUCCAGGGCUCCAUUCCGGCCGCCAUCGCGUUGGCCAAGAGGAGCGGUUCGGUCUUCGUGGUGUUCGUGGCAGGUAAUGAUGAACAGUCUACACAGAUGGCUGCAAGUUGGGAGGAUGAGAAAGUGACAGAAGCAUCCUCAAACAGUUUCGUUGCUAUUAAAAUUGAUACCAAAAGUGAAGCCUGCCUACAAUUUUCACAAAUCUAUCCUGUAGUAUGUGUCCCAUCCAGUUUCUUUAUUGGAGACAGUGGAAUUCCCUUGGAAGUAAUAGCAGGAAGUGUUUCUGCUGAUGAACUUGUUACUAGAAUUCACAAAGUUCAGCAGAUGCACUCACUAAAAGUUGAGACAUCAUUUGCAAAUGGGAGCCAGUCAGAGAGUUCAGUUUCUACUCCAUCCACUUCAUUUGAAACUAACAACACUUCUGAAAACUCUCAGUCCAGAAAUUCCACAUUAUGUGAGACCCCACCCACUCCUCCUGAUGCAAAGUCAGAUAUUACAACAGGAGGAGAAUGUUCAGAUCACGCCACUGCUUCUCCUGAGCCUAGUGGGUGCUUAAGUCCAAGGCCUGCAGAGGACCUCACCGUUAGAGUGGAAAGACUAACAAAAAAACUAGAAGAAAGGAGAGAAGAGAAAAGGAAAGAGGAAGAGCAGAGGGAGAUUAAAAAGGAGAUUGAGAGAAGAAAAACUGGAAAAGAAAUGUUGGAUUAUAAGAGAAAGCAAGAAGAAGAAUUAACAAAAAGAAUGUUAGAGGAAAGAAACAGAGAAAAAGCAGAAGAUAGGGCAGCUCGAGAGCGUAUAAAACAGCAGAUUGCACUGGAUCGUGCAGAGAGAGCUGCUCGUUUUGCAAAGACAAAGGAAGAAGUAGAAGCCGCCAAAGCAGCUGCCUUGCUGGCCAAACAGGCAGAAAUGGAAGCUAAGAGGGAAUCUUAUGCAAGAGAAAGGAGUGCAAUUGCUAGAAUUCAGUUCCGGCUUCCUGAUGGUUCUUCCUUCACAAGCCAGUUUCCUUCUGAUGCUCCUCUGGAAGAAGCAAGACAGUUUGCUGCACAAACUGUUGGCAACACUUAUGGUAAUUUUUCGUUAGCAACCAUGUUUCCCAGGAGAGAAUUUACCAAAGACGAUUAUAAAAAAAAAUUACUGGACUUGGAACUUGCCCCAAGCGCUUCAGUGGUGCUGUUGCCAGCAGGAAGACCAACUACAUCCAUGGUACACUCUUCUAGUGGAGACAUUUGGACGUUGUUGGGGACAGUACUUUACCCAUUCCUUGCCAUCUGGAGAUUGAUUAGCAACUUCUUAUUUAGUACCCCUCCUACUGUUGUCCAAACUUCUGUGAGAGUGGCGUCAUCGGAACCCUCAAACUCUGCAUCAUCUAGCAACUCUGAGAAAAGGGAACCAGUCCGAAAAAGAGUGCUGGAGAAACGGGACGACUUUAAAAAGGAGGGCAAGGUCUACAGACUGAGGACUCAAGAUGAUGGUGAAGAUGAAAACAACACUUGGAAUGGCAAUUCGACCCAACAGAUGUAGUGCUCCAAGUACCAAAUGUGCAGUAAUCAUUGUUUGUCUUAGGAUUUAAUGCAACUAAAAUGUUCCUGGACAAGUGGGACAGCUUUAUGUUUUCCUGCUGAUCUAUAAGUGUCUCUUUUAUUCCUGCCUAGUGGGUGUGGGUCAAAAUUGCUUAACUCAAAAAAGUUGUGAGAUAAACUGGCUGCUAGGCUCCUCACGUUUGGUAACCAACUGCUUGAAGCCUAAAGGAAUCAGAAGUUCUGGUAACCUCCCUUCAUCAGCUUUUUGUUCACCCUUUCAUGCUCAUUAGCCCCAUGCUUUCUGAUGAUUGUUUUGUUUAGAGCUGUUUUGCUC